GCGGCUCCGCGGGUCUGCGGCAGAGCCUCUCGGCCGAGUUGGGGCCCGGCCGGCGCGGGGACUGGGCCGGGGGCUGUGUCAGCGCGUCCCCGCCGCCCCUACUUCGCCCGCGCGUGGGAUCGGGUCUCUCUGCUGCUUCGGCCGCUCCGCCAUCCCCGCCGCCGCCGCCAUGAGGAACAUCUUCAAGAGGAACCAGGAGGCCAUGGUGGCUCCGGCCACCACCACGGCCACCGUGCCCAUCGGGCCUGCGGACAACUCCACCGAGAGCGGGGGGGCCGCCGGCGAGAGCAAGGAGGACAUGUUCGCGAAGCUCAAGGAGAAGUUCUUCAACGAGAUGAACAAGAUCCCCCUGCCGCCCUGGGCGCUGAUCGCCAUCGCCGUGGUGGCCGGGCUGCUGCUGCUCACCUGCUGCUUCUGCAUCUGCAAGAAGUGCUGCUGCCGCAGGAAGAAGAACAAGAAGGAGAAGGGCAAGGGCGCCAAGAACGCCAUGAGCAUGAAGGACAUGAAGGGCGGGCAGGACGAUGACGACGCGGAGACCGGCCUGACGGAGGGGGAGGGGGAGGGCGAGGAGGAGAAGGAGCCGGAGAACCUGGGCAAGCUGCAGUUCUCCCUGGACUAUGACUUCCAGGCCAACCAGCUCACCGUCGGCGUCCUGCAGGCUGCCGAGCUGCCCGCCCUGGACAUGGGCGGCACCUCCGACCCCUACGUCAAGGUCUUCCUUCUUCCAGACAAGAAGAAGAAGUACGAGACCAAAGUGCAUCGGAAGACGCUGAACCCGGCCUUCAACGAAACCUUCACCUUCAAGGUGCCGUACCAGGAGCUGGGGGGCAAGACGCUGGUGAUGGCCAUCUAUGACUUCGACCGCUUCUCCAAGCACGACAUCAUCGGGGAGGUGAAGGUGCCCAUGAACACCGUGGACCUGGGCCAGCCCAUCGAGGAGUGGAGGGACCUGCAGGGCGGGGAGAAGGAGGAGCCCGAGAAGCUGGGUGACAUCUGCACCUCCCUGCGCUACGUGCCCACGGCCGGGAAGCUCACCGUCUGCAUCCUGGAGGCCAAGAACCUGAAGAAGAUGGACGUGGGCGGGCCUUUCAGGUGUGUGCAGGACCCCUACGUGAAGAUCCACCUGAUGCAGAACGGGAAGAGGCUCAAGAAGAAGAAGACAACGGUGAAGAAGACGACGCUGAACCCGUACUUCAACGAGUCCUUCAGCUUCGAGAUCCCCUUCGAGCAGAUCCAGAAGGUGCAGGUGGUGAUCACGGUGGACUACGACAAGCUGGGCAAGAACGAGGUCGGCAAGAUCUUCGUGGGCAGCAACGCCACGGGCACGGAGCUGCGGCACUGGUCCGACAUGCUGGCCAACCCCCGGAGGCCCAUCGCCCAGUGGCACUCGCUGAAGCCCGAGGAGGAGGUGGACGCCCUGCUGGGCAAGAACAAGUAGGCGGCGGGGCCGCACCCGCGCCGCCGGCUGGACACCAACCGGACCCAGAGCUGCCGAUACCUCAGUCACACACCCUAGAGGCCCCCCCUCCCUCG